UUUAAAGCUAGAAUGUGAAAAACUGGCCAGUGAGAAGACAGAGAUGCAGCGACAUUAUGUCAUGUAUUACGAGAUGUCCUAUGGUCUGAAUAUAGAGAUGCAUAAACAGGCAGAAAUUGUCAAGAGGCUGAACGCUAUAUGUGCACAAGUCAUUCCCUUCCUGUCCCAAGAGCACCAGCAACAAGUGGUGCAGGCUGUGGAGCGUGCCAAACAAGUGACCAUGGCAGAACUGAACGCAAUCAUUGGGCAGCAACAACUCCAGGCCCAGCAUUUGUCACAUGGACAUGGUCUUCCCGUGCCGCUCACUCCGCACCCCUCGGGCUUGCAGCCUCCAGCCAUCCCUCCCAUUGGCAGCAGUGCUGGUCUCCUGGCACUGUCCAGUGCACUGGGAGGGCAGUCCCACCUCCCAAUUAAAGAUGAGAAGAAGCACCAUGAUAACGAUCACCAAAGAGACAGAGACUCCAUCAAGAGCUCUUCUGUAUCUCCCUCAGCCAGUUUCAGAACAGCAGAAAAGCACAGAAAUUCAACAGAUUAUUCUUCAGAGAGUAAAAAACAGAAAACAGAAGAGAAGGAAAUAGCAGCGCGUUACGACAGCGAUGGUGAAAAGAGCGAUGACAACUUGGUAGUUGAUGUUUCCAAUGAGGAUCCUUCCUCUCCGCGGGGGAGCCCAGCACACUCUCCUCGGGAGAAUGGCUUGGACAAGACUCGACUGCUGAAGAAAGAUGCACCGAUUAGUCCGGCAUCUAUUGCGUCCUCCAGCAGUACUCCUUCCUCCAAAUCCAAAGAACUUAGCCUUAAUGAGAAAUCUACCACUCCUGUGUCUAAAUCAAAUACCCCAACUCCACGGACUGAUGCCCCAACUCCAGGUAGCAACUCCACUCCCGGACUGAGGCCGGUGCCUGGCAAACCCCCAGGUGUGGACCCGCUAGCUUCAGGUUUAAGAACACCUAUGGCAGUGCCGUGUCCUUAUCCUACUCCAUUUGGGAUCGUGCCACAUGCUGGUAUGAACGGAGAGCUGACCAGCCCUGGAGCUGCCUACGCCGGGGGGGGAAAAAAAACUGCCUACGCCGGUCUACACAAUAUUUCGCCUCAAAUGAGUGCAGCAGCUGCAGCAGCAGCAGCGGCGGCAGCUUAUGGGAGAUCUCCAGUGGUUGGGUUUGAUCCACAUCAUCACAUGCGAGUCCCAGGCAUCCCUCCCAAUCUCACAGGCAUCCCAGGAGGAAAACCAGCAUACUCAUUUCAUGUAAGUGCAGAUGGUCAGAUGCAGCCGGUUCCUUUCCCUCCUGAUGCCCUCAUCGGUCCAGGAAUCCCUCGCCAUGCCCGUCAGAUCAACACUCUGAACCACGGGGAAGUUGUGUGUGCGGUUACCAUCAGCAACCCCACGCGACACGUGUACACGGGUGGGAAGGGGUGCGUCAAAGUCUGGGACAUCAGCCACCCUGGCAACAAGAGCCCUGUCUCUCAGCUGGACUGCCUGAACAGAGAUAACUACAUCCGUUCCUGCAGAUUGCUCCCUGACGGCCGCACCCUGAUUGUUGGCGGGGAAGCCAGCACGUUAUCCAUUUGGGACCUGGCAGCUCCAACUCCUCGCAUCAAAGCAGAGCUGACAUCUUCUGCUCCGGCUUGCUAUGCCCUAGCUAUCAGCCCCGAUUCCAAGGUCUGCUUCUCUUGCUGUAGCGAUGGGAAUAUUGCAGUGUGGGAUCUGCAUAACCAGACUCUGGUCAGGCAAUUUCAGGGCCACACAGAUGGAGCGAGCUGUAUUGACAUUUCUAAUGACGGCACCAAACUAUGGACGGGAGGCCUGGACAAUACAGUCAGGUCCUGGGAUCUCAGAGAAGGGAGACAGCUACAGCAACAUGACUUCACAUCGCAGAUCUUCUCGCUGGGCUAUUGUCCAACUGGUGAGUGGUUGGCGGUAGGAAUGGAGAACAGUAACGUCGAGGUGCUGCAUGUUACUAAGCCAGACAAGUAUCAGCUGCAUCUUCAUGAGAGCUGUGUGUUGUCACUCAAAUUUGCUCACUGUGGCAAAUGGUUUGUAAGCACUGGAAAAGAUAAUCUUCUUAACGCCUGGAGAACACCUUAUGGAGCCAGUAUAUUCCAGUCCAAAGAAUCCUCAUCUGUGCUUAGCUGUGAUAUCUCUGUGGAUGACAAAUACAUUGUUACUGGCUCUGGGGACAAGAAAGCUACAGUCUAUGAAGUUAUUUAUUAGAGACAAAUCUGAAUUCAGACAGAACUCCUUCUCCUAGCACUUUGCUGUAUAUUCCUUUUUUUUUUUCUUUCUAAACCGAGAAUUUAAAUGCUCAUCACAGUUGUGGAAUUUAUUUUUACCUUUUUAACUUGCUGUUGAUUUGUGAAUGCUCAUUAAGAACUUGUGAUACCAAAUUGUCAGAUAUCUACUUGGAAGAAGAUGGAAUAAGCAUACUUAACAGUGAACUCCACUCUUUAAUUAUGUAUUAUAGCUGUAAUGUAUUUAUUUUGUUUAAAGAAGGCUUUCUAACAAUGAAUUGACUAAAUAAAGCUGUCUGGCCCGGCUUUAGUUUUAAAUGUGCAUUGUAUACUUUGUGUUUUUGCAGGUGGAUAAAUUGGGGAUCUUGGAGAAGGAUGUUCAGGAGAUAGUUAAAAGUUACACUAAAUAGACUUGUAGUUUCUAUUUAAAAAAAAUAAACUUUGUUAUAUUUUUU